CUACUGUGACGUCGGGAAAAGUAAACUUUUUUUUUGUCCAGCUAAAUGUGAUCCUUGGUCAGGAGCUCUGUAUACAAGUUGUGUUACAGGCAGCCAUUCUUGGAGGUAAUGUUGGUUUUUCACGGAGUUGUUCGGUCCUGCACAAUCCGCUUAGAAUAAGAACGUGGACGAUUUCAAACUGCUGCGGGACUCAGCAGCAGUGAGAAGAGCUCAGACGAGCCAUGGCAAAAAAGUCCGUUCCAGCCUGGAUUGGAGUUUUCACAACGACCAUAGCCAUCCUUGUAAGGAGUCCGGUCAGCGCCCAGCAUUCCAGUAGCCAUGCUUCGAGAGUGUAUCUGAGCCCAGAUCAGCUCAGACAGCUACAGUUCAAGCCCACCAUAGGCUCCAUCCAGCUCUCAGAGGGCCAUACGGCUAGGUUCAACUGCUCCAUUGACAUCCCCGAUGCCAGUCUAGAGCCCACCAUCAUCUGGGUGAAGAACGGCCAUGACCUGGCUUCAAACAUGCAGGCAGUGAUCAAUGAGCUCCAAACCACCACCGACGGGGUCACAACUCUGCUCUCCACUGUCAGCAUUACCCAAGUGCAGAGAGUGGAUGCAGGGGAGUAUCGCUGCAGACUGAGUAUCAACACCACAGUAGAGUCUCAGCCAAUCACCCUCAAGGUGGAAGGACUACCAACAUUUAUCCAUCAGCCAGAGGACAGGAAUGUAACAAGAGACACACGUUUCACACUGUCAUGUGAGGCAGCAGGACCUCCAGACCCUGUUCAGAUCCGCUGGCUCCGUGAUGGAUUACAUAUUAGUGACUGGCAUAAUUCUCCCAGCAGCUACUCUGUGUCAGGUGUGGACAAGUACACUCAGUUCAGCUGUGAAGCUCACAACAAGAAGGGUGUCACCACCUCCAGAGAAGCAAAUAUCAACAUCAAAGUGCUUCCCAGUCCUGUGUAUAAUGUUACUGUAAUGGAGCGGCAGUCCAAUAAGUUUCUGUUGAGCUGGACCCCUGGACAUGAUGGCUUCUCUCCACUUACCAAAUGCCACAUCAGGGUUAAAGAGAUGAGUCGGAGGAAAGGGGAGGUGAUGACCACCAGGUUUGUCAACGUCACAGUGCCGCCUUUCCAUUGUGAAGUCCCUGGGUUGCAGGCUAUGACUUGGUACAAUGUGAGUGUUUCCUGCAGCAAUGAGGUGGGAGCCUCUCCUGUCACCAUGUGGAUUCAGAGCAACACCACAGAGGGAGUGCCAUCAGUUUAUCCCCGAAACGUCACUAUACAGCUGAAUGAGUCAUGGCUGGUGAUCAAGUGGAAACCUCCACCAGAUGAUAAGAUAAAUGGCAUCCUGAGUGGUUAUGAUGUUAUUGUCAGACAUGGCACGCAAACAAACAAGAUCCACAGUUACACCACCACAGCCACUGUAGCUGUGCAGGAAUUCAACACAACCUACAGUGUGGAGGUGGCUGCUUGCACACAGGCAGGGAGUGGCAUGGUCAGCCCACGAGUCUGGCUGUUUGUGCCAGAAGACAAAGCAGCGGUGUCCCCAUCGUCCAGCCCUGACACUGGGGUUCCGCACUCUUUCUAUGUUGUGCUGGGUGUGGUGAUUAGCUUCUGUCUUCUGCUGCUUAUCAUCGCGGGGAUUAUCUGGGUACACAACAAGAAUUCUGACUCUUCUUUUAGGAAAGUGUUUGGAUGUGAAGAAAAACAGCCUGUCAUACAGUACAAAUCCCAGAGAUCCUACAAUCGAUCACCUAUAAGAAUGACACUUGGCGGCCUUGGCAUUAGUGAAGAGCUCCAGGCCAAACUUCAGGAUGUGAUGAUCACCAGGAAUUUACUCUCGAUAGGGAAAGUUCUCGGAGAGGGGGAAUUUGGCUCAGUGGUAGAAGGACGUUUAAAACAACCAGAUGGAACAACAGAAAAGGUUGCUGUGAAAACAAUGAAAUUGGACAGCUUCUCUCAAAAGGAGAUUGAAGAGUUUCUGAAUGAGGCGGCCUGUAUGAAAGAUUUCAACCAUCCUAAUGUCAUCAAACUCCUCGGUGUGUGCUUGGAAGUAGGUUCAGGGAAUUUUCCUAAGCCCAUGGUCAUCCUGCCAUUCAUGAAAUAUGGAGAUCUACAUAGCUUCCUGCUGCGCUCACGGCUGGGAGAGAGUCCAAUGUUUUUGCCCACUCAGACAGUCCUGAAGUUUAUGGUUGACAUUGCUUUAGGGAUGGAGUAUCUCAGCGGCCGUAACUUUCUGCAUCGUGAUCUGGCAGCUCGUAACUGCAUGCUGCGUGAUGACAUGACAGUUUGUGUGGCGGACUUUGGGUUAUCUAAGAAGAUCUACAGUGGAGAUUAUUACAGGCAGGGCAGGAUUGCUAAAAUGCCUGUAAAAUGGAUUGCAGUAGAGAGUCUGGCAGACAGAGUUUUUACUGUAAAGAGUGAUGUGUGGGCAUUUGGUGUCACCAUGUGGGAGAUUGCUACACGAGGCAACACUCCAUACCCUGGUAUCCCUAACCAUGAUAUUUAUGACUACCUUGUCGGAGGGCAGAGACUGAAGCAACCUCCAGAUUGUUUGGAUGAGCUAUAUGAGAUCAUGUACAGCUGCUGGAGGGAUGAUCCGCUGGACCGACCCACUUUUACCCAGUUACGAGAAAUGCUAGAAAAGAUAACAGAAAGGCUGCCAGAGUCUUUCAGCAAGGACAGUAUCAUUUACAUUAACACCAGCUUUCCUGAAGAGGACCCCGAUGGGGAAACACUUUGUGCAGAACAUGCCGUUUUCAGUUCCUCCCCCUCUUGCAGCCAUCAGGUAGCAGAACAUUCAGUAGUUACUGCUGACAUUCAUGGGAGCCUGGAGGAUGAGGGAGAUGAGGACAACAAUCGUUAUGUGGUGGUAAUCUCCUCUGAUCCUUCCCUGAGAUCUCCUGCAGUGGACACUCCUCUUCUGUCAAGUGAUGCUUUAAGUCAAGCAAACUGAGACAUGGAUACUGACGUGACAGCGACGGAUCACAGUUCAAGAGACACUUCUUUCCUGCCAUAGUGACUGGUACCCAACAGAUUAAAACUGUAAUUAAUCUGUCAUCUUGAUCCCUCAGUACUAAACUAUUUGCCUUGUUGCACUAGAGGCACCUUGACAUUUUCCUGAUGUGGACAUUCUGUAACUUGCGCUUUCCGUGGCCAGCUUACAUGUCAAUUUUCAGAAUGUUGUGAGUCAACAUCAGACCAAUUAAUGAACAUAUUUCAAUAAGCUUAAGAGACAACGAACUGUGAAAUUGUUUACUGUACUGCAUUCCAUGUUACAAUGUUAAUAUAAAAAUGUACAGAACAUUUCUAAAGUGAUCUUGUAUACU